AUGCUGGCCAAGGCGAGCUCUUCGAUGCGUAUGACCGGGCUUGCUCCCCGUGUAUCGCCUGCAGCGGUGGUCGCGCCCUCUAGGCGGUCUGCCGUGCAAGUGGUGGCAGCAGAGGCGCAGAACAAGAAGCGCACUCCUCAACCUGUGAAGCGGGCGCAGCUGGCAGAGGAGCGGCGUAUGAGCAACAAGGGCCGCAAAUCGGCCAUCGCCACGCGCAUCAAGAAGGUGCUGAAGCUCUCCGAGACUCUGGUCAAGGCUCCCGAGGGGGCAGCCGAGCAGGUCCCCGCGCUGGAGAAGCUGGUGGCUGAGGCGUACAAGGAGAUCGACACGGCGGCCGUGAAGGGCGUGAUCCACGCCAACACCGCCGCCCGCCGCAAGGCGCGCGUCGCAAGGUACAAGCAGCAGGUGCUCAUCAGCGCGGGCCUCUACACCCCCGCCCCCGAGCAGCCCGGCUUUGCCUUUUACCAGCGUGUGCAGGCAGCCAAGGCUAAGGCCGCCGGCGCCGCCAACUGA